UUUCCCGGCGGUGCCCGCGCGGCAGGGGCGGGUGGCCCGCUGUGUGUGUGACCCGCCCGCUCCGCCUCCUGCGGCCCCGGAGCGGCGGCGCUGCGGAGGGUUUGUGGAAAACCCAGAUUUCCAAAAUGAAUAAAGAUGCCCAGAUGAGAGCAACCAUUAACCAAAAGCUGAUAGAAACCGGAGAGCGGGAACGCCUUAAAGAGUUGCUGAGAGCCAAAUUAAUUGAAUGCGGCUGGAAGGAUCAGUUGAAGGCACAUUGCAAAGAUGUCAUUAAAGAGAAAGGAUUAGAGCAUGUUACUGUUGAUGAUUUGGUGGCAGAAAUCACUCCCAAAGGCAGAGCCUUGGUACCAGACAGUGUAAAGAAAGAGCUCUUGCAAAGAAUAAGAACCUUCCUUGCUCAGCAUGCCAGUCUUUAACUUCGACAUUCAUCUGGGUUACAGUGUUUCUGUUUCUGUAUUGCGUCAGUCACGUCAGGAUUGGAAUGCAGUUUACAUACUUAAGGAUGGAAAAUUUUUGUAUGACAAACUGAAAUUUCUUUGCACUGCAUUGAUUUCUUAAACUUGGUGUUAUUUUAAUAAAAAAUUUUGUGGAUUUACA